CGAAUGCGUUUUGGGAUGGUAACAACACCUUGCUUAUCCAAACUUGUCCCUUCUUUGAACAUCACUCUCAACUGGCAUCACCUACCUAACCACAUCACCGCUUCACUCUACUGCUAGUUAUGAAUCGUCCUUAUCGUCCCCACCCCGGGCAGCAACCGGCUCAGCCUCGGGCAGUGCGACUGCAUGUCGAGACAAUCGACGAUAAGACUCUAAGGACCAAGUUCGUCUACAACAACAAAUGCGCCGUCUCACCCGAAGACUUCCCUCCCAACCGAGAUGGCUCUGAUCAUCACAUCCUCAUCCGUGGAGGCCAACCUGUUGGUGAAUACGUCGUCACUGCCACGCCUAUCCCAGGCUUCCCCAGAGGCGGCAUUAGUCUUACAGACGCUCAACGAACAUGGGCCGGCAUCACCAUGAGGGACGAAUUCAUCGGCGAGAUCUACAAUCCUUUCAGCGCUCGAUCCGAUGCGUACCUUGGCACCGUCGAGCUUUCGAUCACUUUCAGAACCCAAAACAAGAAGACAGACGUCCCCUACGAUGAGGAAGAGCUAUCUAAGCUUUUCAUAGACUCAUACCAGAACCAAGUGCUUGCUCCUGGCCAACGCAUGCUUAUGGACCACCGCAACAUUCCUCUUCUUGUCGUCGUCGAGUCGGUCGUUCUGACGGGCUUGGACACGUCUUCAGAAGGGGAACAGAAGAACCAGGACCCCAAUGUUAGAGGCAUCUUGAUUCCUCAAAGCAAGGUGUUCUUCCACGCCAAAACAGGCGAUGGUUUCAGACUAAAGCCCUCAGUAAACAAGCCCAACGCCAGCGCCAUCUUCGCUCCCAGUUUCAAGUUUGAUGAUCUUGGUAUCGGUGGUUUGGACACUCAGAUUUCCACCAUUUUCCGUCGUGUGUUUGCGUCUCGUAUUUUCCCUCCUGGUAUAGUUGCCAAGAUGGGCAUCGAUCACGUCAAGGGACUUCUACUCUAUGGCCCCCCAGGAACCGGUAAAACACUGAUUGCCCGACAAUUGGGCAAAACUCUAAAUGCCCACCCGCCCAAGAUCGUCAAUGGUCCCGAAGUACUGAACAAGUUUGUGGGUCAGUCCGAGGAGAACAUCAGAAAGCUGUUCGCAGAUGCAGAGAAAGAGUACAAGGAAAAGGGAGAAGAGAGCGGCCUUCACAUCAUCAUCUUUGAUGAGCUUGACGCUGUUUGUAAGCAGCGAGGUUCCGGAUCUGGCGGCGGUACUGGUGUGGGUGAUACUGUUGUUAACCAGCUUCUUGCCAAACUCGAUGGUGUGGACAAACUUAACAAUAUCCUCUUGAUCGGCAUGACCAAUCGAAGGGAUAUGAUCGAUGAGGCUUUGCUACGACCCGGACGUCUAGAAGUACAGCUUGAAAUCUCUCUUCCUGAUGAAGAGGGUCGAUUUGGUAUCAUCAAGAUUCACACCUCCCAUUUUGCCAAGAACGACAUCUUGGACCACGACGUCGACUUGGCUGAGCUUGCUCGCCUUACCAAGAACUACUCCGGUGCUGAAAUCGCUGGUCUAGUCAAGGCGGCAGCUGCCAGUGCAUUCUCUCGGCACACUGAUACCAAUCAGAUCACUGUUACAAAGGAUAUCGAGCACUUGAAAGUCAAGUGGAGCGACUUUUUAUUGGCUCUCAGCGAGGUCAGGCCAGCAUACGGCGCCUCGGAGGCAGAGUUGGAGGCGGCUCUCGCUUUGGACAUUAUUCAUUAUUCACCUGACAUCCAACGUAUAUUGAACGACAUGCUUGGUGUUGCGCACAUGGUCAAGGAAGACUCUGUAAAGCUAACCUCUUCGAUCAUUUUUCACGGCGCCCAAGGAAGCGGCAAGACAGCCCUAGCUGCACAUAUCGCGAAGCUGUCGGACAUUCCAUUUAUCAGGAUGAUCACUCCGCAAAAGCUUGCCGGGUACCGUGAUGACUUCGCGAAAUCUGAGUUUAUCCACAAGACCUUCAGCGAUGCACAGAAGUCGCCUGUCAGUGUUGUGAUCUUGGAUAGCAUUGAGCAACUGAUCGGAUGGAACCCCAUCGGGCCUCGUUUCUCAAUGACAGUCCUCGGUACAUUGUCUGCUUUGAUUACUAGUCCCCCUAUCAAGGGACACCGCCUCCUAGUCUUGGCAACGACCUCUCAACCCAAUGUUCUCAAGGAGCUCGACAUAGCAAAGGACUUCGAAAAGGACGUGCGCGUGCCUACAGUAUCGAAUCUUCGUGAAUUGCAGACAGUGCUGCAAUCAUCGAGCGGCGUCCCGGCCGGAAGCAUCGAGCAAGCCCUGGCUCGUAUUCAUGAGCAUGCAGGAGGGGACCAUGUUGGAAUCGGCAUUAAGCCCAUCAUAGCGUUCAUCUCGGAGGCAAGGAUGAACCAAGACAGUAAUGCCUUCGCGGAUAAAUUCUCAAACUUGGUGUUGACAAAGAUGCAGGGCCAAUGGGCUCGAUAG